AUGCAGCUUGAGAACAGCGUGGUCCUCCAGAGCAGUGCGGUGGCUUACGUGAGCCUGGACUGUCCGGUCAGAGGGACAGAGAUGCUCCGGGCCUCGGCCUCCCCCUCUCUGCUGCAGCUCACCUCAGACAUACAGAGGAGGCAGUUGCUGAGCUGUAUCCGUGGAGGAAACUGUCCUGGUCCAAACGUCAGCUCUCUGCAGAUGCCCAGUGACUCUAGCUUCUUCUCCAAUAAUCUGGCGGUGCCCACACUGGAGUUCUCCUUCCAACAGAGCGCUGCAGAUGAGGCCUCCAGUUUUCUCUCAGAAGCACAGUUCUCCGUGGACUCCCCUCAAACUCUCGACCCUCUCUUCAAGUUCCAUGAGACCAUUGCCAAGGACCGCUCGUCCAGGGGAGGGGGCUGUGAGAGGGGUCCAGAGUCUGCCUCUGCCCCCCUCCUCUGUCAGGCGUAUUCCUGCUACAGCCACAGGGACUGCUCGACUGACCGCGACCGGGACGACGCUGGACCCGAAGGUGAAGUCCUGGACGUACGGUACGGCACUGUGGAGGACCUGAGGAGGGUCAAACAGAGUAUGAAUUCAACCAAACCAAUUGCUGUGAUGAAGUUAGGCCGUGCUCCUCUGCUCUAUAAGCUUUCCCUCCUCGCUGAGCUGGGCUUCGGGGGAGCGCUGCUGUACGUGGACCCCUGCGAUGCUCCGCAGGGUCAGAACAUGUGGAGCCAGGCCUUCAGCGUGACGCUCAACCCAGGAGGAAAUCCAGCACGCGUAUACUGUAUGUGUAGCGACAGAUGCUUGCUGUCUGCUCUGCACUCCUCACAUCUCCAGCCCCAGUUCUGA